UACUUACUCGCGCAGCUGUGCCUCCCUCUACUUUCUCUCUCUAUAAUUUGCCUUUCGAUUCUCUCUCUUGGGGCCAAACCCUUGGAGCUUAGCGGAAGAUAUUCUCAAAUUUUUCCAUUUUUUCCCCUCUGAAUUUCUCCAUGUCUCAGGUUGAUAGCAGAAAUUCUUCAGCUACUAAACGUGCGAGAACGGAUGGUGGUCGUAGGGAAGACGACUGGACCUGUCCUAGCUGUGGAAAUGUCAAUUUCUCAUUUAGAACAACUUGUAAUAUGCGCAACUGCACUCAGCCUAGGCCUGCUGAUCACACCUCUAAAUCUACAGUCAGACCAAUGCAAACACCUCAUGGCUACUCAUCUGUAGCUCCCUAUGUUGGCGCUGGUGCACCCUCCUCAAUGUACAUGGAUAUACCUCCUUAUGCCUCUUCUUUGUUGAAUGGACCGUCUAUUCCUCCAUAUGAUAUGCCUUUUGCUGGGGGCUCGGCAUAUCAUUACAACUAUGGAAAUCAUCUCUCUGGAGGUAGCCCAUACCGGCCCUUGCAUUUGGCUGGUCACCCUCCUUAUACAAGUGGAUCAAUGAUUGGAAAUGGUGGGAUGUAUGGUGUGCCCCCUCUCAUGGAUCGCUAUGGUCUUGGUUUGCCAAUGAGCCCUACCAUUGGUUUGAGACCUGGAUUUUUCCCCGAGGAUAAAUCUCAGAAGAAAGCAGCUGAUGGUACUCGGGGCAAUGAUUGGUCAUGUCCCAAAUGCGGCAAUGUCAAUUUUUCAUUUAGAACAGUUUGCAACAUGAGGAAGUGUAAUACACCUAAGCCUGGACCUCAGGGUGCCAAAUCAGGCAAGAACUCGUACAUGCCAGAGGGAAGCUGGAAGUGUGAUAAAUGCAACAACAUAAACUAUCCUUUCAGGACCAAGUGUAAUAGACAGAAUUGCGGUGCUGAUAAACCUUCUGAGACAAAAAAGUCUCCACAAGAACCAGCUGAUGAAAAUGAUCAGUGAGUAUUAGGCAUGUUUGAGAAGGUCCAGGGUGUCGUCCAGCAUUGCUCAGUCUUGGUGUCUGAAAGUCAGUCAUGUCAUCAUCCUGUUGCAGCGGUUGUCGAGUUACUCUACCUUCCUAGUUGUUGUAUUAACUCUAGUGGUUCUUGUGGUCUUUAUCCUUAUAAAGUUGCAUCAUGUGUCUGCCAGAUUAUUCUUGCUAGAAUUUGAAUUGGUUCUGAUUUCUAUUUCUAGGAUUAUGUAUUUCCCUAUCUCAUAUUCUAGUGGUGCAAUAAUUCGCAUAUGGAGCUAUAUUCAUUUAAUCUUCAUUUUGGUUUAA